UCGACUUUUGUGCUGCAAAAGGUGGCCCUUGUAGACAUGCCUCCCAAACGUGGCAAGGCAGCAGCCGGCAAAGCAGCAGCGGCAGCAGCAGCGGCACCAAAGAAACGCGCCUCGAAAUUAGCCAAAGAGAACGACAUCACCGCCGACCAAGAAAAUGAAAUACUUGAAGCCUUCGCUCUAUUCGCCGUGACGGAUGACUCGGACUACUCGGACGAGAAAGAAGGAGUUCUACGAACAGAAGAUGUACGACGCUGCCUCAUCGCCUUGAACACACCACCCACCUCGGCAGCAGAGCUGUCUGAGAUACUCGAAGCAGUGGACCCGGAAGAGAGUGGGUUUGUCACAUAUGCACAUUUUGUCGCCGUCGCUGCACUCAAGCUUCAUGCAAGACACAACGAUCCCGAGCAACAAAACGAGGAAGUCGACGCGGCUUUUACGCUAUUUACACGCGGAGAAGGCGACUUCAUCACGUUAGCCCAUCUCAGACGUGUCGCUCGCGAGCUCAGAGAAGACGUUCCUGACAAGAUGCUAAGAGACAUGAUCAAGGAGGCCACGAGUGGAGGUGGUCCUGUUGUUGGAAGAGAGGACUUUGAGGGCGUGAUGAGAAGAGCUGGUGUCUUCGGUUGAUCGCCUGACAAAGACAAGGAAGAAAGAGGGAGGGUCUGGUUUGCUUUGCUAUGCGCAUUUCGUCGCAAAAUACCCCAUUUUAGCAGGAGUUCAUGGUAUGCAUCUAUUUCGUUGUCUCCACGAGAGCUCAAAGUCAUUCCUCGAUCUAUUAUCACAUACCACUUGAAGACUCUGAUUGAGGAUUGCUUCUGUGUCCCAAACUCGAGUAAAAUGUCCUUCUAUAGCUAACUCCAGGUUGUAGGACUUACCGUGAUCUCUCAAUUAUGUGUGCUUGACCACUCUCUGUACCAGUC